AUAGUUUGUAAAAUUAUCGAACAGUGAUAAAGUUUCUGAUAACGUUUGUGUUUUAUUACGUCAACCUCCGCGCUAUUGUCGAAAAUGACUGUAACGUAUACAAGCGAAGUGACCACGUGUCGAGGUUUUUCGACUUUUCUCAAACUCCUAGCAAGAUGGCGCGGCAGCAUUUACAAGCUCGUGUGGGUGGACCUUCUUUGCUUCCUGAUUUUGUACUAUGCGAUCAAAAUUUGCUACACCUAUAUCCCUGAAGCAAACCAACGUGACUUCGAAAAAGUCAUCAUGUACUGCGACAAGUACACCAAUUUGGUACCUCUGAGCUUCAUUCUGGGUUUUUAUGUGAGUGUGGUCAUGACCAGGUGGUGGAGCCAGUACUGUUCCAUCCCAUUCCCCGAUAACUUAGCCAUUAUAGUGGGUGCUAGUGUCAAAGGCCAGAACGAAAGGGCAAAAAUUGUCAGACGCACCAUAGUUCGUUACAUUUGUGCCACUUUCACGAUUACUCUGACGAUGUUAUCGCCUCGAGUGAAGAAACGUUUUCCAACCCUCGACCACUUCGUAGGCGCCGGUCUUUUGACAAAAGAUGAAGUUAAAAUAUUCAACGACUUGGACAACGAAUUCCCUAGUUAUUCCAAAUAUUGGCUUCCGUUAGCAUGGGCGGCCAAUAUUGUCACCCGUGGACGUCACGAGGGUCUAGUGCGUGAUGACGUUUCGGUGAAGACAAUACUCGAAGAGUUAAACAUCUUCAGGAGCAAGUGUGGCGGAAUGCUCGAUUAUGACUGGAUUAGCGUACCUUUGGUCUACACUCAAGUUGUUACACUCGUGGUUUAUUUAUACUUUAUAGUCACAGCUAUCGGAAAACAGUACAUUCCACUCAAAGGGGACGAAGAUAUGAUAGAUUUGUACUUCCCUUUUUUUCUAGUUAUUGAGUUUGUGUUUUACAUGGGUUGGUUAAAAGUGGCAGAGGUUUUAAUCAACCCUUAUGGUGACGACGACGACGAUUUUGAAGUCGUGUGGAUGAUAGAUCGUCACCUUCAAGUUUGUUAUUUAUUGGUGGAUAAAAUCCAUCAAGAACACCCUCAACUAGUGAAGGACAUCCACUGGACCGAGACUGCGCCAAAUUCGCUGCCGUUUACUGUAGCGUCAAAAGAGUACAUGCAAGAGUACCCCUUUCCUUCCACUAUGAAUAUGAAGAUAAAGAAAUCUGAACAGGAUUUAGUAAUGCCAGUUGAAGAGUCUAUAUCGCAACCUGAUGGGGUAAGACACCGCUCAGGGCCGUACUUAUGGAGGUUGUAUGGACGCAUGAAGGGUCAAAAUAACGGUAUGACCAGUUUCCCCUUAACAAAAGUCAGCAGUUUUGACAAUCACGACGGUGAAGUUGGCGACGACGUAAAUUACUACGACGAAACCGUCCAACCUACUCAACCCCAGCCAGAGUCAGAAUGCGAGGAAUUCGAGCAACUCAAGCGCAAACGAAUGGAAGAACGCCGCCAAAAAAUUCUCGACUACAUGAACAUGACAAAGAAAGAUAAAAUGUAAUAUUGUAACACAAUAUAAAUUAAUAUAGUUGUAUAAAAUA